AGCACAUCGAUACGUUCCAUUAGAGCCAGAAAAAGCUUAUAUACAAAUCACCUAUGUCGAACCUUUCUUUGAAACCUAUGAAAUGCGUCAUAGAGAGACUUACUUUGAACGAAAUUUUAAUAUUAAGCGGUUUAUUUUUGCAACACCUUUUACAAAAAGCGGAAGAGCUCAUGGAGAAUUACAUGAGCAAUGUAAACGAAAAACAAUAUUAACAACGGCCAACUACUUUCCUUACGUUAAAACUCGUAUCCAAGUAAUCAGCAGAGCGCAAUUUCAAUUGGAGCCGAUUGAAGUAGCAAUUGAAGACAUUCAGAAGAAAACAUUGGAAUUGGCAGCGGCUACAAAUCAAGAGCCAGCUGACCCAAAAAUAUUACAAAUGGUAUUACAGGGUUGCAUUGGUACCACCGUUAACCAAGGUCCAAUGGAAAUGGCUAGCGUAUUUCUUUCAAACUUAUCGGACGGCACGACCAUACCUACGAAACAUCAAAAUAAAUUGCGGUUGUGUUUCCGCGAAUUUUCAAAACGUUGUGCGGCUGCUUUAAAGAAGAAUAGGAAUCUAAUAAUGUCGGAUCAAAAAGAUUAUCAACGUGAACUGGAACGUAACUACGAGCGUUUUGUGGAACGUCUUACACCGCUUAUCACACUUACAUCAGUACAAACACAAGGUGUUGUACGAGCCAAUGCCUAUCAAAAUAAAACAACGCCGCUUAAAUGCGUGUCGGAUUAUUUUAAGUAAGUUUAAAUAUGAAGAAUAAACAAACCGGUUUUGAACA